AUGAGAAUAAGGUAAAUACUAUUUUUAUUAAUGUUCUUAACGUAAAAAGUGAACGUGGAAAGUGUUUGGAAACCUCAUAUAACAAGUAUUGUACAAAAGUUAUAUGUAGACUGGCUUAAAGUCGAACAAAAGUUAAUCAAAAUUAAACAACCUUUAGAUUUAAAUAAUGA